UCCAGCUUCCCUGGGUGAUGCGAUGCUGUUGCCGUGGAUUUGAUUGACAGAAAUCAUGUCGGUGUGGUGGGAUGCUGCUCUGCCACGGGGAACGGGGAGUCCUUGCAUGCAAUUCACACAGAACCUUUAAAAUGAAAAGGCCUCCACAGCGCGAGCUUCUAGCGAUACACUGAACUGUUUAUUUUUUAUCUUUAGGCUAUUUAUAUAUUUUUCUUUCCCAUAUCCACUUACAACGGAGCGACGCUCAAUGGAUGCUGAGACAAACCGUGUUCAGUUUGUAUUUGUGCUCAAUCUCUUCAUAUUGCGGUUGAUAUAGCAUACAAUCAAAGACAUCUUUAUGAAACCGCAGGAACUACAAGGACUGUUGCAAUGGAGUCGCCUCGCUCUCGGCUUAAAUCCGCUUUAGAGAGAUAAAACACCGCUGGUCGUUUCAUGGCGUUUGGCAGGCUGAUUUAUUUUGUGGGUCUUUCCACAUUUGUUUUAUAAACAGAUUUCAACUGCAGAAACCGCACCGCUGCUCGCAAACUAUGGACGAAGAGAUGACAAAAAGCGAAGAGCAGCAUCUUACUUUGCAAAAAGCCUUGCAGCAGUGCGAGUUGGUGCAGAAUAUGAUCGACAUCAGCAUUUCCAGUUUGGAAGGUUUACGAACCAAAUGUGCCACAUCCAACGACUUGACACAACAGGAGAUCCGGACGCUAGAGGGGAAGCUGGUGAAGUACUUCAGCCGCCAGCUGUCCUGUAAGAGUAAAGUGGCCUUAGAGGAGCGCAGUGAGGAGCUGGACUGCUUCCCGCGCCUCGGACACUGGUUCCGGAUCGUCAACAUCAGGAAGGAGAUCACACAGGUGGGCCACUACUCCCUCUGCUACACUCCUAUAUUAAUCUAUAGUUGCCUUACCUCUACUACACUUUAUAUGACCCAACAAGACGGCACCACAGAGGGGGCAUUUCCAUCGCCAUUGAUCCUCCGAGAGGACCUGGGGACGGAAAAUGUGGAGAAGCGUUUGCAAUCGGAGCCCCUGCAGAAGAGCGUCACUCGUGUGAGGCUGCAGUGUGGUUCUGUUCAGCUUGAAGUGGCCCCGUGGGUGCAGGGACGCGGUCAGGGGCUCCGCGUGGACAUGGAUGUGGUGUUCAGCGUGCCCCACCUCUGCUCCUCAGACCUCUUCCUCCUGCUCCGCCUCGUUCCCGUGGUUAUUCUAGACUGUGAAGUCGAAGGUAUUAAGUGGUUCGGUGGGAAGCUGGAUCAUCGGCUAUGUGCAGCGAUGAUGUCUUUCAGAGGAAACGACGGGGAAAAGUUGUGUGCAUUCUGGGUCUUUCCCACCAGAUCAAUAAACCCAACCCCCCUUUUGUGUCUUCUCUCCACAGAACAACUUGAAGAGGAUGCGAUGCAUAGUAAUGGAGGCAGCCAGGCCAAGCAGGACUGGUCCAUCCAGUGGCCCACCUCCGAGUCGGGCAAGGAGAACUCCCCGGUGUGCCAGCCGGAGCUGAGCCAGUGGAUCCGCUUCCAGCUGUCCCAGAGCCCCAAGGUGCAGUCCAAGUACAACCAGCACGUGUGCCAGAGCCCCCAGGGCCCGGGGCCGUCUCUGUACUCGGACCGGCUGACGGUGGACAGCCCCGUCCUGGGCCUCUUCCCGUCCCUGGACUGCGGCAACCGCUCCUUGCCCCCGUCGCCCCGCCAGAGGCACUUUUGUCACACGCCUCCCCGGACUCCCCUGGUGGUCAACACCAUGACCCCGCCCGGCACGCCCCCCAUGCGGCGCCGCAACAAGGUGAAGGCUCCCGGGACGCCCCCUCCACCCAGCCGCAAGCUCAUCCACCUGCUGCCCGGCUUCACCGCGCUGCACCGCAGCAAGUCCCACGAGUUCCAGCUGGGAAACCGCCUGGAAGACACCCAGACGCCAAAAGCCAAGAAGAAGGCCAAGCCGCUGAACCUCAAGAUCUCCAGCGGCGUGGGCAGCUGUGAGAACCUGCCGUCCCAGCGCUCGCCCCUGCACAGCGACCGCUCCCUGCGCUCCUUCUUCUUCCCCUCCUUCAUCCCCUCCACACCCCCCGUCCACGCCGCCGAAACGCCCUCCGGUAACACGCUCUCAGUGCCUCGCUGGUCUCCGCAGAUUCCCAGGAGAGACUUUGGAAACUCAAUAAAACACAGGUUUUCCACCAAGUACUGGAUGUCACAGACAUGUAUCGUUUGUGGGAAGGGAAUGCUGUUUGGACUCAAAUGUAAAAACUGCAAGUUGAAGUGCCACAACAAAUGCACCAAAGAAGCCCCACCUUGUCAUCUGCUGAUCAUUCAGAGGGGCGGCCCUGACUCGCUCAAAGAUCACCAAGGGACAUCUCAAGCUCGACUGGUACGGACAGAAUCGGUGCCAUGUGACAUCAACAACCCGCUCAGGUACACGGACCUGCACAUCAGUCAGACCCUGCCCAAAACCAACAAGAUCAACAAGGACCACAUUCCAGUACCUUAUCAACCAGAUUCCAGCAGCAAUCCCUCCUCCACCACCUCGUCCACACCUUCCUCCCCGGCCCCGCCCCUACCCAGUAGUGCCACACCCCCUUCUCCCCUGCACCCCUCUCCUCAGUCGGCACGGCAACAGAAACAGUUCAACCUGACAGCCUCCAGUUAUUUUAAAUACAAGCAGCAGUUCAUCUUUCCAGACGUGGCCCUUGAGGCCCCGCCCAGCAGAGCCCCGCAGGUCAUCCUCCAUCCGGUCCUGUCUGAGCACGGGAACGAGGGGAAUCCGUUACUUCAGAUCGAAGUCGAGCCGACGUCAGAUAACGAGGAGGCCAACGACGAGGACUCGGGCGACGAGUUCGAGGAGAUGAACCUGUCGCUGCUGUCGGCCCGCAACUUCCCGCGCAAGGCCAGCCAGACCAGCAUCUUCCUGCAGGAGUGGGACAUCCCCUUUGAGCAGCUGGAGAUCGGCGAGAUGAUCGGCAAGGGCCGCUUCGGCCAGGUGUUCCACGGGCGCUGGCACGGCGAGGUGGCCCUGCGCCUCAUCGACAUCGAGCGCGACAACGAGGACCAGCUGCGGGCCUUCAAACGGGAGGUGAUGGGCUACCGCAACACGCGGCACGAGAACGUGGUGCUGUUCAUGGGCGCCUGCAUGAGCCCACCCCACCUGGCCAUCAUCACCAGUCUGUGUAAAGGCCGUACGCUGUAUUCGGUGGUGCGGGAUGCCAAGGUGGUGCUGGACUUCAACAAGACACGCCAGAUAGCCCAGGAGAUGGUGAAGGGAAUGGGCUACCUCCAUGCCAAGGGGAUCCUACACAAAGAUAUGAAGUCCAAAAAUGUGUUUUACGACAACGGCAAAGUAGUCAUCACUGACUUUGGACUCUUUACCAUAUCCGGUGUUCUCCAGGCGGGCAGCAGACGUGAGGACAAGCUGAGGAUCCCCAGCGGUUGGUUGUGUCACCUGGCCCCGGAAAUCAUCUGUCAGCUCUCGCCCGACACAGAGGAAGACAAGCUGCCCUUUUCUAAACAGUCGGAUGUCUUUGCUUUUGGCACUAUUUGGUACGAGCUGCAUGCACGGGAGUGGCCUUACAAGAGUCAGCCUGCGGAGGUGAUCAUGUGGCAGGUCGGCACCGGCCAGAAGCCCAACCUCACCCAGAUCGGCAUGGGAAAAGAGAUCUCAGACAUCGUGCUCCUCUGCUGGGCGUCCCAGCAGGAGGAGCGGCCCAGCUUCUCCAAGCUGGUCGACCUACUGGAGAAGCUGCCAAAGCGGAACCGGCGUCUAUCCCAUCCAGGCCACUUCUGGAAGUCAGCUGAGUAUGUCAAAUGAGCUAUAGGGACACAGACUUAAAACAACAACAACAACAACAACAACAAAACAAUCUGCUGCGACACGCAUCCUAAAUGUAGAGCCUGCCACCUAAAGAGGGCACCCAUUCGCCCACUGGGGGAACCGUCCCCGGGCAUAUUCAUGCGUGUGGUGGGGGCACACUGACGGACCAACCUGUUUCAAAAAGCAUUAGGGACAUUUUUACAUUUCACAUCAUAAUCGUAGGGUGGUGUCCUUUGUCCUUUCAUGAGGAUUUAAUAUGAAUUAUAUUUUCUUGAUGUAUUCUUGUUUGGUGUGUUUUCUUUGUUAUCACUCUUCAUAUCACUGUGUCUGAGAACAAAUGGAGGGACUUAUUUUCGGUUGUGUUUUGUUUUGGUUGUUUGUGGAAUGCCUGUUGUUGUGGUCCAUCAUUUGUGUGUUUUUAAUCGUCCAAACGUCCUCAUUAAUUCUGUGUGCCAUCUCAUCGAAUGGCACGGUUGUGUCCAAAUGACAUGUUUGUCUCAAACGCUACAAAACGUGACAAAUGCCCACUUAUACCUUGAAUGUGACGACCUCCUCGCAGUUCCCGAGGUAGGGGUCAAGAUACAGCGAUACCCCAGGCUUUCCUCCAAGCGGCCUGUGCUUUAAUCAUGGCUUGUGAAUGUCGGCAUUAAGAUAACAGCCUUGGGAACCAGUCCAACAUUGGCCUACUCUUUUGCUACUUGCCAUAACUUUGGCUGCUCUGUGAGUUCAGAGUGAACCUAUAUCUGUUGUCUAACAGGGAACCCUAGAGAAGGGGACCCGACUGAACCCCCACUGGAAAUUAUUGCAGAGAUAAUUGCAGCAAACAGGAGGCUUAAGAGAUAAAUAAAUGAAAAAAAACUAUAGAAAACCAAUAUUUUUGCUGUAUAUUAUAAAACAACAGUCUUAUUUGUGUUUUUCUAUUGUUUUUGGUUUGGUUUUCUGGUUUGGUUUUGAUGGUAGUCCUAUACGGUUUGGUUGUUGCGGUAGGGCUAUGGCAGGGAUAUGUGUUGCACAACUCAAAAUCUGUCUGAGACAAACUACUCCAUGCUUUCAAUUCAAGCUCAAGGCUUGGCAAAAUUCUUUGUUUUUUUUCACCACUAAAUCGUCAAAAAGCUCGAACUGCUAAGACAUCGCUGGCCAUGCUUAUGAAGUAAAACAUUCUAGUCAAGCUAAAACAAUGCAGAGGAAUUAAAGAAAAACCUGCAAAUAUGACCUCACCAUGUCUUCCUUUAUGAUUACUUUAUGAUGGAUUAGGACAGAUGAGACUUUUAAAUGCAAAUAAAAUCAAAAAAACACAAUAGUAGUUAUUGUAUAGAUAAGCGGGUCACUUCUUUCUUGUGAUCGGUUUUCCUCAGGUAAAAGGUUAACAACUAAGGGGAACUCGAUAGUUAACAGAUGGGCUAGAUAAAACAACCUGAAGAAAACAAAGCUUAAAUUAUUCAAUAAGAACAAAUAGGUUUUCCAUCACAACCGUCCUUCAUGUGUCUAUAUAAAUCAAGAAUAAUGAGCUGUGGAAAUCAACUUGCAUAACUAACCCUAACCCUAACCCAAUACCCAAACCAAUUGUUUUAAUGAUUUGGAGGAAAAAAAUAAGCCAGAAACACUAAACACUACAAAUCUACAAAUCAUGAGUCAUUUGCACAUGAAGUUAUGGCUUUGACUGUGAGGGCUUGACGAAUUUUCUAACAUAACAAUGAGCCUAAAUCAGGUAUAAAGUAACACAACUAGACGGUUUUAGUGGCAGCAAAGGACAUAUCGUUUUUCAGCGGAACAGACCUGACAAGCUAAUGUAUGCUUAUGUAAUGACUAUGUUGUGUUAUCUGAAUUACCUGUCUAAAUCCGGGCUAAACUAUUAUUAUAUAGGGCGACUGGGGACUGAAUGUCAAGUGAUAGUCCCCGAACCCGACUGAUAGUUAAUAGACAUAACAUUAAAUCUACAAAUAUCUCUUUCUACCUUCUUUUGUCCCAAAGUUAUCUUCAUAAUAGUGUAAAUAAAGGCCAUUGUACUAUAAAAGAGCUGCUUUAAACAAGCCCUGCUGUAAUUGUCUGUUAGUUUUGUUGAAAUAAUCAAGUCUUGGAUUUUGGAUUCCAUCCAAAGAGGCUUUGGCCUGAUCUUGCAUUUCCAAGAGAUCCACAUCCUCUCUUUCGGCUUCUGGUACAACACCGCUGGAAGCUCAUUGUUGAACUGUUCCUAUUCUAAACUUGAAGUUUUAUCAUUGAUUGACAAAUGCUCCAACAUAACCUCAAAGACGAUGUAUUCAUUCAAAUCAUAAAUUUAAUUAUGGUUUAGAAAAUGAAAUUAUCAAGGUACAUUUGUAUCCUACCUAAAGUGUCCCCUUUAAUUUUCUGAAACGAUAAAAAAACAUUUCAUAAAUUCUAUAUACUAUCCUGGGAUAUGUGUCUAUUUUUUGCGAUAUACAGUAUCUCUAUAAAUUGUUAUAUAGCUUGCAUAAACCAUAUGUUUGACUGAUGAGUAUAGACAUGGAUUUCAAGCCAUGGUCAUGUAAAAACACUUUUCUGAUCACUCUAACCAUAGAGACUGAUAUAGGAGUGUAGACAAUCCUAUCGUGAAACAUAGUCCAUUUUCCACAAGACGAUACACAUGCAUAUACACACACACACACAUACACACACACUCACACACACACACACACACACACACACACACACACACACACACACACACACACACACACUUCACACACACACACACACACACACACACACACACACACACACACACACACACACACACACACACACACACACACACACACACACAUAUCUGCAUUGAAAACAAACCGCGGCUGUAUUUUUAGAGUAAACCUGUCUUUUUCAAUUUGCUGGAAUUCCAAUAUUGUAAGGGAAUCAUUUAUAUUUGUACUAUUUCAAACUUUUACGUGCAUGACAUUGAAUAUGAAGGAUUUGAUUGUUAUAUUAUGGGAAAAAAGUUAUCCGUUAACACUAUAGUCUAUGAAAAGGUAUAUGAGAAGAUUUUUAAUGUUGAUGAGCUGUUGUCUGUUGGCCGUGUACGGAGGCAAAAUCAAAUAAAGUUCUACAUUAGGCUUUGCUCAAAGUUUUCAACGCCUUUCUAUCCGAAAAAUGAAUGUUGCCGUGUAUUUAUCAGCGUGUAAAUAUGACGGAGCCUGUGAAGGCAUAAGGACCUGUGCACAUGCGAGUGGAACACCAUUUAAAGACCUAACUUCAGUGCCAAGUGUACGUAUGAUAUUGUAGACCAUGUUUUCUUGCAGUAUUUAGAAAAUAUUCUGUGUGAAGCUUGGCAUCUUUAUUUUGAAUGUACAUGUAUAGUGUUGUGCUUUUGGUUGUCACUUAUUUCUGUUAUUGUUGUUCAUUUGGAUAAUUUUUCCCUGUUGAACUGCGGUCGCUUCGAGGCUUUCUUGUUUUUCCUUUUGACUGACUUAGUUCUUGUAUUGCAUUGAGUAUCAGCUGAGGACUUAGCUUGUAUUUAAUGAUGCCUUAUAGAUUCCUGGUUUAGUGGCGGCUACAUUUUUAUCACAAGCUCUCUUAUUUGCACUCAUCCUCAGCAAAGUGUAUGAAAAAUAAAAAUAAAUGUUUUUCAUUUUGGA